CCGGCGCUUCGCCUCCGAGACGUCACGUGGCGCUACGACCCGCGCGCGGCGCCCGCGCUCCGGGACGCCGCGCUGACGCUGCCGAGCGGCUGCCGCGCCGUCGUCGCAGGCGCCAACGGCGCGGGCAAGUCGACGCUGCUGAGCCUCGUCGCCGGCGCGCGCCUGUUUUGUAGCCGACCCGAAUCCGCGGUUUUGGAGGUGCUGGGCCGCGACCCGUCGACGGCGAACCUGCGCGACGCGGCGGCGAGCCCGCGCGUCGCCUACCUCGGCGGCGCCUUCAAGCGGAAUCUGGAGAGCGGCGCCGUGCCUCCCCGGGCCUGCGAGGGCACGUUCGCGUCUCUCCUCGCGUCGUCGCUCCGCGACCUCGCGAAGCGCGGCGGCGACGCGGCGGCGCUCGCGGGCCGCGCGGGCGCCCUCGCGGCGGCGCUCGGCGUCGACGGCGCCUGGCGGCCGUCGAAGGCGAGCUCGGGGCAGCGCACGCGCAUGCAGCUCGUGCUGCAGCUCACGCAGGCGGCGGAUCUCUACGUCGUGGACGAGCUGACGCGGGACCUCGACGUCGUCGCGCGCCAGCGCGUGCUCGACUGGCUCGCGGACGAGCCCGGGUCCGUGAUCUACGCGACGCACGUCUUCCAGGGUUUAGGGGAGUGGGGCACGCACGUCGUCCGCGUCGCUUCCGGCGAGGUCAAGGGGUCCGCGACGACGGACGCGCUGCUCCGGGGGGCGUCGGCGCACGGCCGCGCGCGCCUCGCGCUCUACGACGUCGUCAAGGCCUGGCUCGUCGAGGAC